GAGGUGGGGGCUCACUGGCUGUGCUGGAUGUAGCUCUUGCUGUGGGCCGGGGGGAGAGCUACCUAGCCCGGGCUGCUCCGCUGAAACAUCCAUGGGUGGCUGUGUCGGGAGCCACCACGACUCCUCGGGCAGCUUAAACGAGAACUCGGACGGAACUGGAGUGGCUCUAGGGCGUAACCAGCCCCUGAAGAGAGAGCGGCCUAAAUGGAAAAGUGACUACCCGAUGACUGAAGGCCAGCUGCGCAGUAAGAGAGAUGAGUUCUGGGAUACUGCGCCAGCAUUCGAGGGCCGGAAGGAAAUCUGGGAUGCGCUGCGGGCUGCGGCCAGCGCCUUUGAGAGCAAUGACCACCUGCUGGCUCAGGCCAUCCUCGACGGCGCCAGCAUCACACUGCCUCACGGUGCUCUGACUGAAUGUUACGAUGAACUGGGGAAUCGGUACCAGUUGCCGGUCUACUGCCUUUCUCCUCCCGUCAACAUGAUCGAAGAGUGUUCUGAUGAGCCGGACGGUUCCGAUCCAGACUCUGGGGCUGCGGACCCGUCCACGGGAAGCGCCGGUGACCCCACCUCAGGAGGGGAGCGCCAGCUCCGGCUGCGGCUCUCGACGGGCCGCGACCUCCGGUUAGCGGUGCGCUGCACGGACACAGUGGGCAUGAUGAAGCGCCGCCUACAAAGUCAGGAGGCCGUGCCUGCAGCGACCCAGCGCUGGUUUUUCUCAGGUCGGCCGUUGACUGACAGACUGCGCUUGGACCAACUCAACAUCUCCAGGGACUACGUGGUGCAGGUCAUCCUUAGCCAGCCGCCACCGCCAGAGCCAGUAACCACAGCAGGACAUUUGCAGGAGGCCACAGGGCCAGUGGCAGUGGAAGCAGUCACUACACUGCCACAAGAGCCGACGCCGGUGGAGAAUUAACUCCCUUAGGGGGGAAAAAGAAAGAAUCAGAGCUGAUUUAUUUUAUGUUUGCACUUCUGUUUUUCAUUUUCUUCUUCUCCUUCUUCUUCCUUCUUCUUCUCCUUCUUCCUUCUUCUUCUCCUUAUUCGUCUGCUGGAGCAAAAGGACCCUUGAAUAGAGAAAAAGACUCUCUCCUUUGGUUUUACACAUUGAAAUGUAGACCUUUUUGAACGUUGACCCUUUUUUUAAUGUUCCUAUGGAAACCGAACAACAAAAAGAGAACUCUGUCAGAUGGCUUCAUGGUUUUUUUCUUCUUAGCAAUGCUGAUGUUUGAUGUUUCUGUGUUUCUGUUUCUGUUCAAGUUCUGCUCGGCUGCAAAGAUGAGUCAGCGGAGUCAUCCAGUGCAGACAUUCAGAAACAAAGACAGAAAGAUACUUUAACCAUGAGUUAUUCAGAAAAAGGAAGAAGAGAACGUUUAAGGCAGUAAAGGCUGUAAAGAAAAGUAUUCUAUUGUGAUUUCUAGUUAGCAAACAGAUGUAUCCUCCUGGACGGGAGGUUUUACUCAGCUUAAUACUUUAUUUCACUCCGCUUCACAGAACAAUCAGAGUAAUCAUGUUAUAAACAUUUAGUCGUCAAACCAUGUGUGCAAGUGUGUGUUUGUGUGUGGCUGUUUGACGAUCAAGACACACUCACACACGCUGGCAAAAAGGACGGACACCAGAAACACAGUUGCAUAUUUUGAAUAAAAAUAAAAUGUUUUUAAUUAAAAUUGAUCAUUGUUUCUAUUUCUCAA